GUAGCAGCUAGAAGAGAGAAUUAACAGCCAUAUCUUGGAAUUUAAAGGGUUGAGUUAAUUUUACACAUUGGAAGUUUGGGGUCAGUUGGCUUAUAGCAAGGAUAUUGGUUACAGCCAAAUACAAAAUUAAUUUGUGACAUGUGAAUUUUAAAGAAAGGCUAGCUCAAUUUGUGAAUUUAUGAAGCAUUUUGAAGCCUGAUUUGCCUCCUAUUAUGAAACCAGCUUAUUUUUUCUAUCAUUUUGUGAAAACCUAAAGAUUUCCCUGCCUGGAACCUUGCACUUAAAAAGAGUGAUAUGAAAUUUCCCUUUUAAAUUUUUGAUGCAUGAAAUGCUGUUUAAAGUAUUGGUGAAACAUGAAUUUUUCUAAAAUCAGUGUUUGAAAUGGGAUUGGGAACACCCUUUGCUUAAACUCAGCUCUUUGGAGUUAUUGAGAAAGGGGUGGUGAAGUGUAGCAAAAAAGUCUUCGGUGUUUGGAAAGGGCAAUUCAGUCCCAGAAUAUCUGAGUUCUUGAUAGGAGAAAUCUUUUUUGUGUUCCCUUUUUGUUUCUGAUUUUGAUAUAAAUAUUGUCCUUUGGAUGUAAAAUGGUGACCUUUGAGUCUUUUUCUGCACAGUUUCUAAACCAGAACCUCGAUCAUUGGGAAGGGACUGCAGUUUUUAAUGGAGAGUUCAAAUAUUUGAAGAUGACUGAUUCUAGAGGUAAGUUUUUUUCUGUUAGCUCAUAGAUACAGCUGUAACUUGGAAAACUGAGAGCCAUAUGUGAAGUCCAAUCACAGGUUUGUAAAGAUCUUGUAUGUGGCUACUGGUAAUUCUGCCAGGAGCAGUUUGAAACUGUAAUGCUUAUAAAUAUUUUCCUUUUUUAUGUGCUAUUAUAUAAACAGAGGCCUCUGCCUGGGCUUGAAUGAACACAUGUUUGUCAGUGCAUGGGCAUUGCCUGUUUGGAGAUGCACAAGGCAGAUUCAGUCAAGUGACCUGUUGUGACCAAAUACAUCUAAUGAAACAUUGGUUAAAAAUAUUAUUAUCUCUUUCAAAAACCUUCCCCUUGCUCAAUUUUUGGCAUGUUUCUGUGAUGUUUCUCAUUAUCUGUUAAUGAUUUGUCUUCUUCUUCCAGUUUUUUUCUAUAGAUUUUUGAUAAACCUUCCCCUUGCUCAAAUUCUGGCAUGUUCACUUGAUGUUUUUGGUCAUCUGUUGAUGAUUUGUCUUUUCUUUCCAGUUCAUUCUAAUUUCUGUUAUAUUUAUUACUUUUUCCUACACAGGGAAAUAUCUGGUGUUCUUUUUCUAUUCCCUUGACUUGUGAGUAUUAGAUGUUAGAAUACUCUUUGACUAAAAGUUUGCUGUACUUUGCUACCUUCAUGCUAUCCUGCCAAAUUAGUCAUCUCUCUGCAAUUGCUACCGAGUAGUCAACAUUGUUCUCAAGGUGACUGAUAUUAAAAGUUUCAUUAAUUGCAUGCAUAUUAUUUUAAAUUGAAUCAUUACAAAUAACACCUAUUUGUUGUCAUUUGCAGCACUUUUGUUUGUCCAACGGAGAUCAUUGCCUUUAGUGACAGAAUUGAAGAGUUCAGGGCAAUCAAGACUGAAAUUGUUGGUUGUUCAGUAGAUUCAGUUUUUACCCAUUUAGUUUGGUAUGUUAACCCUUUACACCCUAACAUCAGUAUGUAUAUUCUCCAUUACUACUCUCUACACAUUUCCAAGGGUUCUGACAAGGAGAAUUUGUUCAACAAUCAAGAGUUUCUUUAGUUGGUGAUCAUCUCCUUUAUUCUCAUGACCUAAAUGUUUGAUUUAGGGCUGAUGUUGUUAGGAGAAAUUAGAUGUUAGUCACUCUCAGGGGUUAAAGGGUCAAUCCUAAAAUUUAACUGAAUUUGUAAUUUUAAAGGAUUUGAGAGUUUUAAGAAAACAGAGAAAGGUAUUUCCAAUUUAUAUUGAAGAUUUGUAGAAUGCCAGAUAUUAAUUAAAAGUAAAAAGGAAAAAUUUCCAUUUUUGGUAAAAAAAAUCUACCAUAAAAUGUAUUCCAGUUUUAAGUUACAUUCAUUCUACAUGUUUGUGUAAAGUGUUAGAUUAUUACAAUAUAGUCAUCCAGGAGAGAACUUUUGAAUGAUUCCAUGGGUAAUCACAAAGAUAUAUAAUUGCUACAGCAGUGUUCACCCUUAUUUUAAGCAUGAUUGGUAAUUUAAGGAAUUCUCAAAACAGCUACUGUAGAGCAAUCCUUGUACCUGUUGAAUUGUUAAGAAUUCCCAGAGGUACCAGAAGCAAUAAAUAAGUUCCUAUAUUCCUUUCAAUUCUAGGAUAAACACUCCAAGGAAAGAGGGUGGUCUGGGAAGGCUUAAAUAUCCUCUGUUAUCUGACUUAAACCACCAAAUUGCUAAAGAUUAUGGAGUACUGCUUGAGAAUGAAGGUCACACCUUAAGGUGAGGAUAUCUGUGUUUUGUAUUUCCUCAUGUUUCUGACUUUUUGUGUCUGUAGGCCAUUCUAUUUAAACAUGUGUUUAGUGUUUAUCAGCUGUGAUCCUCUUGGAAUAAUAAACAUUAUUCAACAAAGUGGAGGUGAAAUAGCUGGGGAUAUUAACCGAGCUGCAAAGCAGCUAGGUAAAUAUCUACCACUUUCACCUACACUGAGGUAAAUAAUUAUAUUAGCAUGUACACUGUAUAUACCACACAGAAAUUAAAAAAAUCAGUACAUUUCUGUCAAUAUACAAAGAAAUGGUUGGAAAUUAUAUUUUUGAUGCAUGAUUCUGUUGCCUCAGCUGCUCAAAGGGGAAGAGUGCUUGUUAAUCACUUUCAAGCCAGCCAAUCAGAGCACACAAAAAGCACUAUUCAUCUGUGUGGUAUGUACCAAAAAAACUUAUUUGAUGUAAUGAUGAUAAUGAUAGUGAUGAUCAUUUAAUAGACCAUAUCAACUUGAACAAAGUAUUUCAUUAUCUGCAAUCUACCUAUUCUUGAUUUCUAAAAGCUGAACAUUACUUUGUUUGUGCUCCUACCCUGGAUCAAGAUAUCCAGUUUUGAGCACCUGACUGGCAUUAUCUUGUUGCAUUGUUGGCUGUCACACCACAUAGUUAAGAAAAACUUAACUCAUAUACUGAAGAGUCUCUCUUGGUCAGAUGGUUUUUUCCCCUUAAUAUUACUACUUUUGAGGGGGAGCUGGGGGGAGGGAGGGGGGGGGGGAGUUACAGUAUGUCCCCAUAAUGGACAUAACAUCUAUGGAUUAAAAACACACUCAGAUCAGGUCUGAUCAGGUUGCUGUACUUUGCUUCCUUCAUGCUAUAUAACAGGUCUGAUAGUUAGGCAGGGGAGAUUUGGUGAAGGUGAGAAUAUUCUUACUUUUAUAACCACUUUUAUUACAUGCCUGUUGUUCUAUUUCAGGGGUCUAUUUAUAAUCGAUGACAAAGGGACUCUACGACAGAUCACAAUGAAUGAUCUACCGGUAUGUUGUAACUUUACAUGUAUGACUGUAAUUGUACCGUGAAUUUCUACUGCGAGUUUUAUGUAGCUGUUUGCUUCUACAGUUAAUUGUUCUUGAUACGCUGAGAAAAUUUAUCUGUCCAUUCAUAUAAUUUGAUUCGAGUCUGGCCCUCGUCCACUGUCACGUGGUAAAAAUCUCAAGCUCAUUGUUUAAAUGUUAAGCAGUGGGGAUCCCUUUCCUUUUAUUUCGUGACGUUCUUAUUAUUUCAUGUGAAAAAUAGUGAUAUUUCGAUUUGGAUUUGGACAAGGGAGAAAAAAAGCUGAGUAGAUAGUAUCAAGAAAAAAGGCUCCUGGUGUCCAGUCUCCUAAUUUUUUUGCGGUUAGCGGUCUUUGGCUUUAUAAAGUGUGAAGUACUAUUUAUAACUUAGCUACUCAAAGAAGUUAAUCUAAACUGCUUAUUUCGCAGGUGGGCCGAUCAGUCGACGAGACUUAAUUUUUAGUCCAGGCUUUCCAAUAUACUGACAAACACGGGGAAGUUUGUCCGGCCGGUUGGAAGCCUGGUGAAGAGACGAUCAUACCUGAUCCAACAGAAAAUCCAAUCCAACAGACUGAAGGAGAAGAUGAGGAAGAGAAGAAAUAAACUGAAUUAACUUUGGAAUUGGAAAAAAGAAAAAACUGAGAGUUGUCUUAAUUUAGGUGGCAUUGUUUUACUCUGCGUCCAGAAAAGUUACAAACGAUUUGUAAGAAAACUUUUGGCGAAAAUCGAGAAACAAAUGUAACUUAAAGAUAGAUCUAUGUAGUGGUUUCUUUAGUUUUUUUGUAGUGGCCUUGAAGGCCUGCAAUUUUCUGUGCGCGUAGGAUUGGGGUGGAGUAAUGGUGAGGUGAUCCCCUUGUUUUGUUCCUCCUAUUAGUAUGGCUGUGGUGAAUUACUAGACUUCUUGCUAUUUGAAAAUCACCUCACAUACUCUGGUCAGUUACUCCACGAGUUUACUCUGAAACCAAUUCUUCAACCCGCCCUCUUGCUAUACAUUUCCUACGGUGCUGACAACGAGGAUUUUGGCGAUCAUUUCCCUAAUUCUCAUGACCUUAAUACUUAGCUCGGCUUGAUACUGUAGGGAGAUAUUACAUGAUAGUAGCUCCGAGGGGUGAAAGAGUUGAAAUGUUUCCCUAAGUCUAGGUGAGCAAGUCAGUAGUAUUGUCAAUAAACAAUUUUCAGUUUUUGAUCGAAAAGCAGUUGCUGUUCAGGAAAUGAGCCCGCGCCCCUACCCUGAAAUUUCGAUAACCGUCGGAAAUCUA